AUGUGUUACAGUUCAAAUCAGAUGUAUGCAUCUGAAUCAAAAUAUUGUGAACAAUUAGAUAAAUAUCUACUUUUUUUAGAAAAAUUAAAAUCGUAUUUUGCAUGCAAUAGCUAUUUUAAUGAAAAUAAAUUAAAUAUAGAAGAUGAAACUAAAAGAAUAUUUCACCAUAUUUUUUAUGAUUUAGGAAAUACAUACAGUAUACAUGAUAAAACUUUUAAAGAAGAAAUAGAAGAAUUUAAUAAAUUUUUUUAUUAUGAAAAUCAUGGUUCCUUAUUAUUCAAAGAAAAUUGUGAAUAUAGUAAUAAAUUUGAGAAUAUAUUCCAGAGCUAUUUUUAUGAUAGAAUUAAUAUUAACACAUUUUCUGAUUGCAUUAUUCCUAGCUAUCAUGAAUUUUAUGAUUUAACAAAUGAUACAAUAAAAGAAAAGGAAAAACAAAAAAAAUAUGAAAAGAAUAAUAUAAAAGAUAGUACUUCAAAAAAAGAAAUAAAAAAUUUAUACUUAAUUAAACAUGAUACAAAAUAUGGAAACUACGAAAAUAAUAGAAAAAUUAAUGUACGUAAAAAAAUAAAAAAUAAGAAAAUUCCCAUUCUAAAUUCAAAAAAAUUGUUAAAUAAAUAUUUUGAUAUAUCCAAUAAUAUAGAAAGGAGAAAAGAAAAAAAAGACGUUAGUAUUCUAAAAAAACAAAAUGAUAUAACAAAGAAGAGUAAAAACUUGAAUUGGAAUGAAGAUGAUGAUAAAAUUUCAAAAAGGGAAAAUAAAUUGAGAUUAUCUAAAAUUAGUUUAAAAUUAUCAGAAGAUGAGAAAAUAAAACUUUUAAAAAAACUAAAUUCGAAUUUUAACAAUAGAAAAAAGAGUGGCUUUAAUUUUUUUUUUCUUUUGAAUAAUUUAAAAAAUGCAAAAAAUGUUUUUAACGAAAAAGAAAGAUUCAUAGAAAAUUUUGAAAAUAAAUCAACAAAGUCAGAAUACUUAGAAAACGAUUUAAAUUUAAUUACAGACUACGAGAAAAUUAAUAUCGUUUCUUAUGAUGAUAUAGACUUUUAUAAAAUGAAGAGAAAAGGAAGAAAAUACCUAAAGAAAAGUAAGUUAUUAGCUAAUUUUAGAAACACUUCUUGUAAUAAUUUUCAAAUAGAAAAGAUAUCUUAUAAAAAUAUAAUUUUAAAUGUACUUAAUUUUCAUAAAAAAAUAUCUAUAAAAAAAGAUGAAAAUAAAAGAAAAAAUUAUAUUAAAAUUAAUGAAAUACAUAAAAGAGCAAAUACUUUUUCAUCUUCAUCUAUACAUACAAAAUUAAAGAGACCCCAAAAUUUGAAAAUUAAAAAAAUUAAUAAUUCUACAUUUGGCAAAAUAGAAAACUUAAAAAAUUUUAACAUUAAAAAAUUAUAUAAAGAUAUUUCUUCUAAAAAACUAGGAAUAAAUAAUGAAAAAUACAACAUAAAAGGAAACAAAAAAUUUAGUUCGAAUAAUUAUUCAAAUAAUGAUGAAAAAACACAAUAUAAAUUUAAAGAUACUUCUUUUAAUGAAGAUAAUUUAUUGAUAAAUGCUUUAGAUAUACCUUUACACAACAGCACUGCAAAUAGGAACAUAAAUAUUAUAAAAAAAUAUAGUUUUGAAAAAAUUGUAAAUAAGGAAAAAAAAUUUCAUAGUGACAAUGAAUUGAAAAAUUUAAAUAGUGGCAUAAAUGAAAAUAGUUGUAAAGAUUUUUUUCAAAAUAUUUAUCCUUUAAAUUCUUUUAAUAUCUUAAAAAAUUGCAAUCAAGGAAAAAAUGUUGAUAAUUAUAGAAAUAGAACUUAUAUUAAUGAUAAAAAUAAUAUUGAAGUUAAUAGUCACAGUAAAAAACCUAAUAAUGUAAGCAGUUCUAGCUCUUUGUUAGCACAAAAUAAUGAAAAUAAAAAUCAUAAUAGCAAAAACGAUGAUAUUAAUAAUAAUAAAAUUCAAUUAAAUAUUAGAAAUGUAAACAGUCAUAAAAACAAAUAUAAUAAUGAUAAUCUGAAGAACGGAAUGAAACAUUUUAAUAAGAAUCUUUGCUCGGAAACACAGGAAAGGAUUGUACAUGGUAAUAAAGAUAUAAAAACUGAUGAUUUUUUAGAAAAUUGUGAAAACAAUUUACAAGUAGGAUUAUCAAAUAUAAGAAAAAAUUAUUAUAAAAAUAAAGAUGAUGAUGAUAUAAUAAAGUCUAAUGACAAAAAUUUAGGUAACUCUUGCUAUGAAUAUAUAAACAGUAAAAAAAUUAAUGAAGAUAGAGUAGAUUUAAACAAAUAUUUCAAUGAAAUUCAUUCAGAAAAAGUCCAAAAUUCUGAUGAAAGUAAAUUUUAUAGGACAUGUAGUACUACAUGUACAAGUAGUUGUAAAUCUGAAAUUGCUCAAAAAAAUGAUUUUUAUAAUAAAAAAGUAAAUUUAAGAAUGAUAAAUGAGUUUAGAAAAAUCGAAAAUGAAAAAAAUGAUGUGAAUGGAAGUAAUUGUGAUAAAAAGGAUGAAAUAAAAAUAGAAAAUUGUUGCACUAUAAACAAUAAUGAAAAAAAAGAAAUUUUUAAAGAUGGAGAAUUUAAAGAAUUACAUUCAUUAAAUAUUUUUACAGAAAAUAAAAAUGCUAAUUUAAAAAAAUAUUUACAAGAAAAUAAUUACAUAAAUGUGAAUUAUAAUAAUUACGAAAAUAGUAGCACAAUUUUAUUCUGUGAUAAUAUAGGUAGUACUAAAAAAGAUAGUGGAAUAUUUAAUUAUUUUAAUAAAAUUAAUGAAAAAAUUAUUAACAAAGAGAAAAUAAUUUCUAUAAAAGAAAAUGAUAAUAAUAUAUUGUCCUAUUAUAAUGAAUCUACAAAAAAUGUUAAAAACAAAUAUGAUACUGUCAUACAUUUUUUAUAUAACUGUUAUAAAAAUUCAUGUAGACAUAUUAUAAAUGAAGAUCAUUUUAAUAAAAUAAAUAGAAAAAGUUUUAUCAUAAAUAAAAAUAGAGAAAACAAGAGAUUCCUUAAAUUAGAGGAAAAUAAUGAAUUUAAUGAAGUGAACUGUUCAUAUAACAUAAUAGAAAAAAAAAAAAAAAAUUUACUGAAACCAAAAGUUUAUUGGUGUAAAAAAAGUUGUUUUUUUGAAUUAAAAUGUAUGAAAAAUGAGAAAAAAAUAAAAGAAAUGAGAAAAAAUGAAAUUCUCUUCUUCAAAAAAUGUAAAAACAAAAGUAUAAAUGAGAAAGAAGUAAAGUAUACUUAUGAAACUAUUCAUAGAAAAAAUAAUAAAUGCAAUAGUGAUAAUAUAUAUGUAUUGAUAAAGAAAAAUAUGGAGAAAUCCGUGGACAAAAAAUUGAAUGAUUCUUAUGUAAAAAAUGAUCAUAUGCUUUACUCUAAAGAAAAUGAAGAUAUAGAAGAAAAUAGAAAAAUAUCAAAAAUAUUAAAUAAAGAAAACAAAAAUUAUAUAGUUGAAAAAAGGAUCUCAAAAGAAUAUAGAGGAAGAAAAAAUAACAAGAUAAAUGAAGAAUAUUCAAAUGAAAAAAUUAAAAAAAUGAAUAGCAUCUACAUUAUUAAUAGUAAAUUAAGUGAUAAACAUUUUAAUGAAGUUAUAAAUAAAAACUAUAUAUAUAAGUAUUUUGAAAAAAAUAUAAACAACAAUGAAAGUAUAAAAAAGAAAAAUUAUACGUUUAAUAUUUUAAAUCGUUUUAGUCUUGAAAAAGACAACGAAAACAAUUUUGACUCUACAAAAGAUUUGUCUGGAAGUAUUAGAAAUUUAAUUAAUUUAAAUGAAUCUCAUAAAAAAAAAAGUUUUUUCAAAAUAUGUGAUGAUUUAAAAGGGGAAGAUUGCCAUGAUAAUGAAAUUUUGAGUGUUUUAAGUAAAAAUAAAAAAAAUGAAUUAGCUAGUUUUGAUCAUAUUUAUUUAAAUAAUUGCAAGUUAAAUUACAACAAAAAUGAUAUUAGCAACUUUAAGGAAAAUAAUAUUAUUGACACUUAUGAAAAAGACGAUAAUUGCAAUAAUGAAAAAUUUGAUUUGGAAACAUACCAAGAAAACAAUAUUGAUUACAAUGAAAUUAAUAAUAAUAUUAACUUUAAUAAUAAAUUUGCUAUUAAUAAUUUUAAUAACAUUUUUAAUCACGAAAAAAAUAAAAUUGUUUUAGAUAAAAAUGUUUCUGAUGAAUGUAAAAAUAUAUAUAAUAGUAUGUCUGAUGACUAUUCAAAUGAUUAUUUUAUAAUUAAUAAUUCGGCCAAUGAUAACAAAAUUUUGAACAAUGAAAUGGAUUCAAAUAUUAUAUAUAGUAUUGAGAAAAAUAAAAAUGAUAAUUUUAAUAGAACUAAUAAUAAUUCAUAUAAAGAUAUUAAUACUAUUAAUGAUAUUGGCAUAAAAGAUAAUCAUGUGAUGAAUAUUGAUAGAUAUGAUAAAAAUAAAAAUAAUUAUAUUUGUGAAAAUGAUUGGUAUAGUAUUCAAGAAAAAUAUUUAAAUUCUGCUGAUAUUAAUAGCUCAAAUAUAAAUGGUAUUGAUUUAGGUCAUAAUAACUUUAAUGAUAUUCCAACAAAUACUAAUGAUUAUUAUUUAGAGGAUAUUUAUAAUAAUAUGAAUACUAUACAUGUAAAUAAUAAUAUUAAUGAUAAAAUAGAUCAAAAUAAUAUGAAUCUAUUAAGAAUUAAAAACAAUAAUUUUAAAAAUAUUAACAAAUGUAUUCCUGAAAAUGAAAACUUUUUAAAUCAUAAAGAUAAAAACUUAGAAAAUUUCACAUCUUGUAGAAGUAUUGCAAAAAAUGGAAACAAUACAAAUAAAAUUAAAAAAAAUAAUUUAAAUAAAAAUGAAACAAAUAAUAUUUUUACAUGUGAAAACCUUCAAAAUCAUUCAGAUAAAAUACAAAAAUCCAAUAUAAUUAAAAAAAAAAAUGAUAUUAUUAAUGUAAAUGAUGUGAAUUCAGGCAACAUAAAAAAUAAUCAGUAUACAAAAGUUGAUAGUAUUAAGGAUAAUAAUAUAUAUAACAAAUUAAUAAAUAAAAAGGAUUCAAAUAUGAAAGACAAUACUAAUAAUACACUUAAUAUAAUAUAUAUAAAUAAUAAUCUUAAUAUAACUAAUAAUUUAAGCAACAUAGAUAACAUUGAAAACGUAAAUAAUUUAAAUCAGCUAUAUAGUAUUAAUAAAGCAGAGGAUAAUAACUCAGAUAAUGAUCAAACAAUAAAUAAUUCAGAAAAUAACUUAGGAUACAAAAUGCAAAAUAAUGAAAUUAAAAAAAGUAACAAUGGUUAUCUGAAAAACAAUGAGUUUAAUUGUACAAAAGAAGAAAACUUGUACAAAGAUGAAAUAUGUUUCAAUGAAGACAAUAUGAAUUUGAACAAAUUUUAUUGUGAAAUAUCAAAUAAUUGCGAUAAAAAAAAAGAAAACAUUAAGGAGCCUUUAUAUAAAAACAUAGAACACCAUUACCAUUAUGAAAAAAAUAGAAAUAGUAAUUUAAUAAAAGAAAUGUAUAUUAAUAAUGAUGAAAAAAGCAUAAAUGUUAUACAAAAUAAUGAAUAUAAUGAUAAAAUGAGCAAUUUUCUUGAUAAUAAACAUACAUUAAAUAAUGUUUAUAUAAAAAAUACUUACGAAAAUGAUGAAAUAUAUAGCAUAUGUAAAAAUGAAAAAUUAAAUAAUGAUAUUAUCAAAUAUGAGUACGACGGAUAUUAUGAGAAAUGUGAUAAUUUGAAUUAUUCGAAUUCUAAUAUAAAUAAUUUAAAAAAAUUACACAAAUCAUUCAAUUCAUUAAAAGAUACUGAAAUUAAAAAAAAUUCUAUUUGUCACAAAAAAGAAUUGCAGGAAGAUGAAGAAAAAGGAGAAAAAAAGCAAAACAAAAAAAAAGAAGAAAUAUAUUUUAUUAAUAGAGAAAAUAGUAAAAAUGUUUUUAUAUUUGAUGAUACAAUAAAAAAGGAAAAUGAAAAUUGCCUAGAUUUCAACAAAUUACAAAAUAUUAAUUUAUUUAAUAAUAAAAAUACUGAAGAUGAAAAUAUAGGUGUAAAUAUAAAUAUUGACAAAAGUGAAAAUGAUAAAGAUAAUUUGAAUUUCUUCAGAAUGAAAACAGAUAGCAUCAAAGAAGAGCAAUUAGAAAAUGUAAUAAAUGAAAAACAGUUUCAUAAUGAAUUUCAAAUUGAUCAAAUUAGAAAUAAUUACUCUAAUAAUGAAAAUAAGAUGAAUGAAAAUUUAAUUAAAUUAAAUAUAUCAAAUUGCUGUGAAAAUGAAUUGAAGAAUUCAAAUAGUAUUGAAACCUUUCAAGAUAUAACUGAGUGUUCUAAAGUAAAUUCAUUUAUAAAUGAAAAUACCAAAAAAAAAAUAGAUGAAAAUAAUUUAAUUUUAAAUGAAGAGAGCUAUAAAAAUUAUUCAGAUGAUUUUUCAAUAAAAUAUGCAAGACAAAAUAUAACUGAUGAUGAAAAUUGCAACAUAGAAAGAAAAAAAUUAAAAGGAAAUUUUCAAGAAAACUUAAAUGAAAAGGAAAUAAUUUGUUCAAAAGUGAACUCUUUAAAAAGUAACAUGAUAGAAAAGGAGCUAAAUAAGGAAAAUUUCAUAAAUGUUUUUUUUAAUGACAAUUCUCAUAACAAUAUUAAUAUCCUUUUUAAUAAAGAAGAGCAAAAUAACUUGGAUAGUUCUUUUGGCUACGAUUCUCAAAAUAAUUUGGAAAAUAUUUACAAUAAUGAGAGUGAACAACAAAAUAACUUACCUAAUUCUUUUAAUGAUAAUUCAACAAAUAGCUUGAAUAAUUCUUUUAAUGAUAAUUCAACAAAUAGCUUGAAUAAUUCUUUUAAUGAUAAUUCAACAAAUAGCUUGAAUAAUUCUUUUAAUGAUAAUUCAACAAAUAGCUUGAAUAAUUCUUUUAAUGAUAAUUCAACAAAUAGCUUGAAUAAUUCUUUUAAUGAUAAUUCAACAAAUAGCUUGAAUAAUUCUUUUAAUGAUAAUUCANUAAUUCAACAAAUAUGUCGAAUAAUUAUUUCAAUGAAAACUCAAAAUAGUAUGAAUAAUCCUAUUAAUGAUAAUUCAACAAAUAUGUCGAAUAAUUAUUUCAAUGAAAACUCAAUAAAUAGUAUGAAUAAUCCUAUUAAUGAUAAUUCAACAAAUAUGUCGAAUAAUUAUUUCAAUGAAAACUCAAUAAAUAGUAUGAAUAAUCCUAUUAAUGAUAAUUCAACAAAUAUGUCGAAUAAUUAUUUCAAUGAAAACUCAAUAAAUAGUAUGAAUAACCCUAUUAAUGAUAAUUCAUCAAAUAACUUGAAUAAUAAUUUUAAUGAUAAUUCAUCAAAUAAUUUGAAUAAUAAUUUUAAUGAUAAUUCAUCAAAUAAUUUGAAUAGUUCUUCUAACGUAGAAUCACAAAAUAAUUAUUUAAUUGAAUGGUAUCCUGGAUUUGAUAUCCCUAUAGGAACAAAUGGAAGAGCAAUAUUAAGAAAAGCAUUACAUCAAAAACGAAUGACAAAUGUUAAAAAAUGUGAUGAACUUUUAUCAUCAAAUAAUUUAUAUCCUACUUCUAGAUCAACAUUUGGAGAUAUGAAAAUAAGAGAUCUAUACAGAGCUGCUCAUAUCUUAGGAGUUUGGAAUGUUGCUGAAAAAUAUUGUUUGCUAGCAUGUGAAAGAAAUGGUUAUAAAAAGGAAUGGAUUUACAUGUUGAAAAAAAAUGGUAUAAAAAUAACUAUAAAAGCUCUAAAGGAAAUUAGAAAUAACCAUAUUCUAAAUAAUAAGAAAUUGAGAAAGUUGAAUAAAAAGAAGAAAAAUACUAAAAGUGAAACUAGUAAAAAAAUUAGAGACACUAUUAAUAAAGAAGAUUUAGAAAACAAUUAUAAUAUGCAUAAUAAUUUUUUAAAUAAUUUUAGUGCUACUAAUAAUGAUAGAAGAGAUACUGUACCCCUUUAUUUCACAUCUAAAUCAAAUGAUAAGAAAGAAAAUUUCCAUAUUAAUAGUUUAGAAGAAUAUAAUUAUUUCUCCUUGAUAAAUAAUAAAAAUGAAGAUAAUACAUUAAAUAGCAAAAAUCAUAUUAUUCUUCAAAAUGAAACUAAAAAUGGAAAUAUGAAUACAUUAAAUACAAAGCAUAAAAGAAAAUAUAAAAAAAAUAAAAACAAGGAAAAUAUUAACAAGAAAAAUGAUCAAACUAAUAGUUCAAGUAUGGCAUCUCAGUAUUUUAAAGUUCCUACUUCCUUUUCUACUUCUAAAGCAAAUAAUCAAAACAUAAACCGUAUGAUAAAUUCCAAUAAUCUUAAUAUGGCUGAUAUAAACAAUUCAUUAAAUAAUUUAAAUUUUUAUAAUUGUAUACAGAAUAGUUUUCCCAAUACACUAGAUAAUUCUAUAAAUAAUAUAAUAUGUAGUCAAUUUAGCAUAAAUAAAAGUACUAAUUUUACGAAUACAAAUAUAUUAACAUGGAAUUUUUAUGAUACAAAUAAAAAUUUGUUAUACAAAAAAAUUAAUGAUGAUUUAAAAAAUUGUAACACAAAUUAUACAAAAAAUUAUAUUAAUAUUACAAAUAAUAACAAUAUGUAUAAUGAUAAUAAUAAUUUUAAUAAUAUAAACUACACAAAACAUAAAAAUGUAAAUGAAAAUUUAGGUAAUACAGAUAAUUUAAAAAUUAAUAUGGCAAAUAAUGUUAUGAUAACUAAUCAUUUCCCCUUUAAUAACUUUAUAUUUAACUCACAAAAUAAUGAUAUUAAUAGAAAUAUAAAUAUAAAUAAAAAUAAUCUUUUUAAUAAUAUUCUUCCUUAUAUGUGCUAUAACAACUAUAAUAAUUAUUUUAAAAAUUCUUUUAAUGAAGAAAAUAAUAUAACAUCUCAUACAAAUAUUGUUAAUACUAAUGGAGAUAAUUUUAUUUAUCCUAUUGUUGCAAUCAAUAACUCAAAUAAUAUAUACAAUACAAAUGGGAAUUAA